CGUCUUGACACAUUAACUUCCGGUGACGUCACGGAUCACGUGUUUGACACUCUGCCUGUGACUGAAGUUGAGGAGAAAGUUUUGACAAGCUCACAGGAAUCGAAACCAGCGGCCAACAUUCACGAUUAAAAAAAAAGAGCCACAGCAACCAUUUCCUGUGGGGAAACGAUGGAAUCUGUUGCCCAGAAAGUGUUGUCGUCAGGAUUUACUCUCGACUUGGGUCCUCUCAAAGAGCCGUUGGCGUUCAUCCGCUUGCUCGAAUGGGUGUUCACAAUCUUUGCCUUUGCCACAACCGGAGGCUACGGCGGUACGACCAGCAUCAACAUCCAGUGCCCUGGCAGCCAGAAUCAAGAAAUCCACGCAGAAUUCAACUACCCGUUUAGGUUGAUGGAGCAUCCGUAUGACGUUCCCACCUGCGUCGUCAACGCAACCAAGCCGGCGGUCUACUACCUGACUGGAGAUUAUGCUUCAUCGGCGCAGUUUUACGUCUGCAUCGGAGUGUUGGCGUUUCUGUACAGCACCGCCUCCCUCGUCAUCUAUUUGGGCUUCCAGAAUCUGUACCGGGAAUCCAAUCGUGGCCCGAUUGUGGACCUGCUGUUGACGGCGGCCUUUGCAUUCUUGUGGCUGGCUUCCUCCUCCACUUGGGCCAAAGGCUUGUCCGACGUCAAGUGGGCCACCAGUCCCGCCACCAUUCUGACUUUUCUCACCGUGUGCAAGGAUGCCAACACCAAAUGCACGGCGGGUGCCAUGCCUCACAUGGGCCGACUCAACGCCUCUGUGAUUUUUGGUUUCCUGAACGUCAUCUUGUGGGCUGGCAACUGUUGGUUCAUUUACAAGGAAACUCCUUUCCACAAGACGGCCGCACCGCCUGCUGCAGAUGCGGAGGGCGGAGGUCGGCCGUCGUAACUCCUCAUCGCGUUCGUUGUCUUUCCGGCACGUUUUCGGCUUCUCGUGGCGUGACGGCGCUCAAACAACGGCUGCAGAUUAGAGGGGAGACUGAUUCUUAGGCUAAACAUUUACACGGAAAGUUGAAGGGUCCCGUUUCGUUGCCUAUAUCCGGUGGGGUUUUUUUUUUUGAGGUGGGGGGGGGGGACUCAUCGUGAUGACCAAAUGCCAGAGCUCCUAUGAAUUAUAUGGCAUCUGCAAAAAAACAAAACUAAACGACAACAAAAAACUCCUUUUGAAUUUGUCCAAGUCACCAAUUUGCAGCUGGGGCUCAUGAGUGCCAAUUUUCUUGUCAGUGUUUUUUUUUUUUUUUCUAACUUUCCAAGACGUCCAUUUGAAUCAUUUAACGUAAAUGUCGAUGUUGAGAGUGCAGUUCUCAAGAAGAAUGCAAACCUUUGGAAUAGUUUUACUCCCAUCCUCUCAGAUAAUUACUACAUUUGAAACUCGACAACUAGAAUAAUGGAGGCCCUCAUUCGAUAUGCUUGUGUUGAUGUGCGCUCGACUAGUAGUAAUAAUAAUCCCAUAAGAUUAAUAUUGGUGCUGCACUUGAAUGACUUUAUCCAAUUGCCAAAAACAAGUCUUCAAUAAUUGUUCCCCAUCAUUGAGUGAAGGAAUUUGUGCUCCAAAUUGUUUGAUUUGCUUCCGAAAAUGAGAUCCAAGUGAGGUUUUUCUUUUUUUUUUAUUCAAUUUUCUGUCACCUUGCAUCGCAUCGCUCGGCUAUUCUUGUUUACUGGUUUAAAACUUGAGAUUUUGAUGACUAUGGUUAUUAUUUACACAUUAAACUGUGACGUAUGUGGGGGGGGGGGUGGUUCUCAUCUCCUUGUCUUGAAUCUUUGUUGAUGGGAAAAAGAAGACUCGUCGUCGUCAUCAUGAAGGUCCAGUAGUAUUUCAGCGACUGAAGCAAUCAAUCCUUUGACUAAUAAAAUCUGCUUUGUUACAAAAUGGCUGCGACCAGCCUACAUUCUGCACAAAACGUUUGUGCUUAUUGUAAAUAUCUGCUUGCUCAAUAAAGCCCAGCUGUUUCCAUUGUCA